UAUUUUUAAAAUGAAAAAAGAACGAAAUAGAUGUGUUUAACUUGCUCAUUGGCAUUUAGUAUAUGUAUAUGGAAAAUACCGCCGACUUUAAACUACUUUAAGCGUUUAAGCGCAACAAAAUCAACAUUUAAGUAACGUUUAUCACUUUGAUAACAUCUACUUUUUUAACACUCCUCAUUUUAAUUCUUCUUGUUUUAUUUGUAUUUCUUUUAAACAGAUAGAAUAAGGCAGGAUCUUUAAUUUUAGCACAGGAACAUGGCGCAUGGAGCCGCCAGAAGUGGGUAUGGAGCUAGCGGAAGUGACGACUGUACGGAAGACGAUACAACUCGCACAGCAAAAGCGGUGUACGAAAUGCUGCUGCCAGCUCUUGAAAAUCUAAACAAAAGGUUUGACGUUCUGACCUAUGAUAGGGACACAUUAAUGCAGGAAAUAGAAGAAAAGAAGACAGAGAUUGAAAGUAAAGAAAUUGAACUUCGACAGGUUAGAGAACAAAUAAGGAUUAUUGCGGCUGACAAUUUGGCGACUAAGAGAGAAAAAGAAUCGAAGAUAAAAGAAUUGGAAAGUGAACUGCAGAAAUUGCGGGUAGAGUUGGAUAAAUCUCAAAAGAACCUGCAACGCAAGGAAGAUGAACUUACAGCUGAAAGAAGGAAAGGAGAAAAGAAAGAUAAAAAGGAUGAUCUUGCAACUGAUCUCACAAAUAAGAUAAACGAAGCAAAAGAAGAAGCGCUAGAUAAGAGGCGCCAAACUAAAACAUAUAAAGAAGAAUUGCAGAAGUUAAAGAGAUGAUUGUGUAUUAGUGAAUGGCAAUUAUGCCUUGAACAUAAAAUUGAGAUACUCGACCAUUUUUACUUAUACAUCAUGUGCAACACAAUAUCGUUGACAAAAAUGAUUGUAUUUAAAGGUGUUUUUUUUUAUUAUCAUCAUUAUUUCUGUUGACUUUAUAUUGAAAAGCUGGUUGGAAAUUAUAUAAAAUUGUUGUGUUAUAUGCAGAAAAAAGUAAUAUGAUUAAACACGGUGCUACCUAUCUCGUUAAAGAUAACAUUAAAGACCUCGAAAAGCAGUUGGAAACGGCAACAGCGGACAAAAAAGCUGCACACAAAGAACUUGACGAAGCAAAGGUGGCGUAUCAACGAAAGAAAUGUGAAAAGUAUAUUAAGGAAUUCAAGAUAAAGAACCGGAAAUAAUGGUUUAUAUUCUCGUAACGAUAGUGAAUAACAGUUUUGCUUCAUUAUUUGUUGUCAAGAUAUUUGAAUGGUUUUAUAUACAGUGUAUAUAUUCUUAUUAUUGUGUAUAGAUCUUUUAAGACCAUGGUAUAUUUAGUCAUAUUGUAUAAACAAACAAUAAAUAUCUUAACUUUCAAAUACUGCUAUAAAAGUAUUAUAUUUUAUCUCAAGA